GAUUCAGUUAUAAGUUAUAAGCGAUUUGAACUCGGGGGUUGGCAAGAAAAUUUAAAGUGAAACCGUCCUGUAAGCACGUCGUGCUCGUAUACAAGAAAAUACAUAUUACGAAAAGUUUCUAAUCGUAAGUUUCGUAAAUGUCGCCACGCGGGAAAAAGAAUAAAAAUAGUUUGGUAACGAGGAGACAGCGGCAUGUCCUUGGAAAAGAAGAAAAAUAUCGUCAAGAGAGAGACAAAUCGGACAAAGAGGACAUGGGAUCAGAUGAAGAGAAGAACGCGAAAGAGAAAACGGAAUUGUUCGUCCCCUUCCCGGUUGCUAUGUGGGAUCUUGAACAGUGCGAUCCCAAAAAAUGUUCCGGUCGAAAAUUAGUUAGACAUGGUUUAGUAAAAAUAUUACGGUUAGGAACUCGGUUCGCGGGAUUAGUUCUGACACCAGUUGGUCAAAAGUGUGUAAGUCCAACAGAUCGUGAUAUUGUACGGGAAUUUGGUUGCGCAGUGGUUGAUUGCAGUUGGGCACGUUUGGAUGAAACCCCAUUUAAUCGAAUAAGAACUCCCAAUCCUCGCCUAUUACCAUUUCUAGUCGCUGCAAAUCCGAUAAAUUAUGGCAAACCUUGUCAAUUAAGUUGCGUAGAAGCUAUAGCAGCUACUUUAAUUAUAACAGGAUAUCCUGAAGAAGCAAACUUGUAUCUUGGGAAAUUCUCUUGGGGUCACUCAUUUGUAGAAUUAAACAGUGAAUUAUUAGAAAGUUAUUCGCUUUGUAAAAAUUCGGAAGAAAUUAUAGCCGUACAAGAAAAAUUCCUGGCCGAUGCGCGAGAGGAAAGGUUAAAUAGACAGGCUAUCUCGGAUUUUCCUCCAACGGAUUCAGAAACAGAAGAAGAAGAACAAGAGGAAGAAAAAGAAGAAAAAGAAUCAGUACCUACAAAUCUGACCUCUGAAAUAAAUGAAAAAGUUAAAGACAUGAGUAUAAAAUAAUACUUAUUAUGAAAAUAAUUGUCAUUGUAAUUGUAUGUAUAUAUUUUUUGUAAUAACUAAAGACAUGUGCGUUGUUACGCAUGUUUGUACAGUUUCAGUUUUAUAGACAAUUAAUAAAAGCUAAACAAGA